UACAUUGUCAGUUGUCACAUGAUAAGAGCUUGUAAAUGACAUGGAGCUUGGGUGUGUGGCUUGUCUCCGUGAAUUUUUGUUACAGUGAUGUGGCCAAUGCCAACUGCUUGUAUGACAUAUGAAAGUGGUCCAUUUGAAGUAGAAGACUUUCCUCAGACUGACGAACCAGUGUGGCUUCUGGGAGAACAGUACAGUACAUUGUAUGAUUUAGAUGAACUCCGGGAAACAGUGCUGUCUAAAAUAUGGCUGACAUAUCGCAAGAACUUCAGUGCUAUAGGAGGCUUGGGUCCCACCAGUGACACAGGCUGGGGAUGUAUGCUGAGAUGUGGACAAAUGAUGUUGGCAGAGGCACUAGUCAGGCGACAUCUGGGCAAAAAGUGGAGAUGGAGAAAUGGUCAGAAAGAUGAUGUAUAUAAACAACUUCUCAGGCUUUUCCAGGACAAAAAGAAAAGCUGCUUCUCCAUACACCAAAUUGCUGCCAUGGGAGUGUCAGAAGGAAAGGCCAUUGGCCACUGGUUUGGACCAAAUACAGUCGCUCAAGUCUUAAGGAAGCUUGCAGUUUAUGAUGAAUGGGGCUCUCUGGCAAUACAUGUGGCCAUGGACAACACAGUGAUAGAGGAAGAUAUCCGAGCAAUAUGUUUAUGUCCAGAUGAAGGCCAGAGUAAAGAUAUAAAAGUAGAAGACAAAAAAACAUCACAUGGGACCAAUAAGAGAUUAGAUAAGAACCACCCUUUUGCCAAUCACAAGACCUGUUCUUCCAAGGAUUCGGCUUUAAGGUCAGAGGUCACAGCAGUCAGAUGGAAACCUCUACUUCUGAUCAUUCCAUUACGGUUGGGCCUGAGUGAAAUCAACUCUGUAUAUAUAGACAGCUUAAGAAAAUGUUUAACCUUGAAACAGAGCGUAGGCAUAAUUGGAGGCAAGCCAAACCAUGCCCUCUGGUUUAUUGGCUGUGUCGGAGAGGAGAUGGUGUUCUUGGACCCGCACACCACUCAGCCAUUUGUAGAUUUAGAAGCCAAACAGUUCUGUGAUGAAAGUUUUCAUUGUCCACGAGCCUCUCGCAUGAAGGUUCAACACCUGGAUCCGUCUAUAGCUCUGGGGUUUUAUUGUGGCACGGAGGCAGAGUUUAAUGACCUCUGUGUGGGCAUCAACCGUCUGCUGAUACAGCCUAUCAAAAUGCCAAUGUUUGAGCUGCACAAGGAACGCCCCGCCCACUGGCCUCCCUUUCAUAUGAAUGCUGAGGCUACAGCUGUCAACACAGCGGAUUACGCAGUGGUGGGUGAUGUGAAGGACAGUGAUGAUGACUUUGAGGUCUUGUGACCCCCGACUUCUGACUUCUGCUCCAGAUUAGGUUAUAUAUAUGGGUUAGCACCGUUAAUGUGGUCUGAGGCUUGCAGGUUUUAACAUAACACUUGUGAGAGUUAAGAACACAACAAACCGUUAAAAUAAAAUAAUGGAAAAAACAGUUUGCCUCUAAUACUUUUUAAUGGUGCCAAAGUCAAGUUAAAUGCUUUUGAGUUUCAAAUGGUGAAUUGGACAUUUUUUUAACUUCACAACUUAAGAUACUAAGUUGUUCAUUUAAAUGUCUUUUAAAUCACAUAGCCAGAUAAAGCGCGUACGUUUAGCUCAUCCAGCUAAAACCGGUGUACCUGCCAUGGCUAAUUGGCCCCUGACCAUUGAGAUCACAGGUUCAAAUCCUGCUCUCAUUGUACAGCACUGUGCUGUGCAUACUACAGCUUCCCCCACCCUGAAAUCUGAUGAUCAUCAUUUAAGUAAAAAAAAAAUCAAAUAUGGAAGUAGACAUAGUUUGUAACAAAGUUAUUAAAGAAAAAAUGAUUUGACGUUUUGUGCCAAUAGGUAUGAUAUUGAUCUUUUGGAGAAAGCAGGGUAAGUGAGAUAUGGCAUCAGGAGCAGAAAUCCUGCCAUACAAUAACACAAGGCCUGUCCUGUGAUCAAGACCAGACCUGAUGCCUCAGAGCUUUUGUCAGACCAUUUUCAGAAAGCAGACUGCAGUUUUAAUGCUCUGACCACACAUCAACUUUUCUAAACCCUGAACAAAUUAGACCAGUGAAGUAUGACCUCAGAUGCAGCUUGAAAACAGAAUUUAUAAGAUUUUGAAGACUUAAAGUUGUUGUCGAGGUAGCUAGGGUCUCAUAUGAACUUAUAAAGUAUAUUAAUGCAAUUCAGAGGUUUUAAAAAAUUAGAAAAUGACCUAACCAGAUGAGGCUACAUUCCGCUAAAAAUGUGUAUGCCAUGCGGUACGUCUCUGGUAAAAUUUGUUGAAGAUUUGUUGUACCUGGGUGAUCACAAGCAGGUACACGUAUGUUUGUUUUCCAUGUGAAUGUUAUUGUCUACACAGAGCUGUGACAUAGCCAUUACCAUAAGCUUUCACCAUGUAACUAAGCCGUCAGGGUACGUGCAGUUCCCUCCCUUAUAUUGUUCAUAUUAUUAGUAUCAGCCUCUCUGCAGUUGUUUUACAAAUUAUUCAAAUUUAUUUCUUUUAUCAUCAUAUGCCCUCAGAAAUUAAAUAUCACUAAUCUAGAGAUCAAAAAGUCAUUUUGUAUGAAAUGCAUACUAUUUAUUUGAUGCCUUAUGUGGAAAUUUAUGUUUGAUAAUGCAUAUUGUAUCUAUUGGUUCCAUUGUGCAUGUAUUCCUACAUGGCUUUACAUUUACAUGUACUUGUUUUCACUGUUGGUAUUGAACUUCAGUCAGAACUGGCUAAUGGUCCAUGUACAUGCAAGCUAACUUUGUCUUUAUAUAAUGACAUUUAGAUUAUGUUAUUUGGUUAUAAUCUAAGCUUAAAAGUUCAGGCAAAAGGUAGAGCAGAGUUAGUAAAAACCUUUGGACAGCUUAGAGCAGGGGUUAUCUAUAUCAAGAGACUAAAUCUGUCCAUUACCUACUAGCUAUUGCAUUGUCUGUGUUACAAUAUAUGUAGAAUGAAUUACUGCAAUAUAUUGCCAUACAGUAGUAUACAUACACACAUCUGUUAGUACACUGUAAAUAAUAUCUGUUGGCUUUUGCGCUCUACAGCCCAGACAAAAUAUCCUGUGUGGCAUGCUUCUAGCCCACUAGUAGGCAGCUUCCAGCACUCCACUCAAAUUCACCUACUGUAAUUCUUUAACCUUUUCACACUUUUUUUGCAAGGUGUUUAUUCAAGCAAAUUCUGUAGGCAUUAUUCUGUGUAGACUGAUAAAAUCAUACUUUUUGUGAAGGCCUGAAAUUGGCCAAUCCAACAAAUGUAGUUUUGUUGUUUUCUACAAAAUCAAAUGAAAAACAUGCAUAAAUUGCACUGAAAGCUGUUCUUCCAUAUGCGAAAAGGUGGAGGAAAUAGGGUAGCCUCCAUCUCUGGAGAUGUAGAGCUACUCUUGUUUUUUUUUUUUUUUUUUUU